GUGAGGGCUUUUGUGUGUUUUGUCAGGUGUGAAAAAAAACACGGUGAUCAUGAGUCUGCGAACCAUGUCUUGGGCCGAAGCCGUCACCGAGUCGGCCCGGAAAGGCGUUCGCCCCCGGCCCAGCUCCGCCUCCUACGUCCCUCCUCAUCUCCGCGGCGGCGGCUACAACGCCUACGGCCGAGGUUUCAGCGAGCCGGCUCAGUACGGUUCUCACCCCAGCUACGGCGGCUACCGGGGAGGCGGCCGCUCCGGUCCUGGUCGCGGCGGACGUGGAGGUUUUGGUUUCGGCGGCCGGAGCCGCGGUAGGGCGCAGCCGCCGAGGCCGGUGGAUGACGUGUGCGAGAGGCUCGAGGAGGUGAAAGUGAGCGGCGGCGAUGACGUCAGCAAUGCGGGUAUCAACUUCGAUGCGUACGAGGAUAUUCCGGUGGAGGCGACCGGCGAGGACGUGCCGGCGGCGGCGGGGAGCUUUGGAGAGAUUGACUUGGGGGAGUGCUUGAACAACAACAUCAGGAGGUGUAGGUACGUGAAGCCGACGCCGGUGCAGCGCCACGCGAUUCCGAUAGCCAUGGCCGGAAGGGACUUGAUGGCCUGUGCUCAGACCGGGUCGGGUAAAACGGCGGCGUUUUGCUUCCCCAUUAUCAGUGGAGUGUUGACUGAAAAGUCAAUGGCGGGGUCUGAGAGUUGUGGGGAUGGGUGGACUGUGUUUCCUCUGGCUCUCAUUUUGUCUCCGACGAGAGAGUUGGCUAGUCAGAUAUACGAGGAAGCUGAGAAGUUUGCAUAUCAGAGUGGAGCAAAGGUGGCUGUUGUUUAUGGUGGAGCGCCGAUGGGCCAGCAGCUUCGUGAUCUGGAGAGAGGAGUUGACAUCCUAGUCGCCACUCCAGGGCGCUUGGUGGACAUGAUUGAACGGUCACGAGUUUCCCUCAAGAUGAUCAAAUACUUGGCACUAGAUGAGGCUGAUAGGAUGUUGGACAUGGGUUUUGAACCUCAAAUAAGGAAGAUUGUUCAACGGAUGGACAUGCCUCCCCCUGGUGCAAGGCAAACAUUGCUUUUCAGUGCAACAUUCCCUGCUGAAAUACAGAGGCUUGCGGCAGAUUUCCUCGAGAACUACAUAUUUCUGGCUGUUGGGAGAGUUGGGUCAAGCACUGAUCUUAUAGCACAAAAGGUUGAGUUUGUCAAUGAUAUGGACAAAACAAAGCAUUUAUGUGGUCUUCUUAAGAAUCAGAGGGACAAUGGAUCUAAUGGAAAGCUUGCUUUAACCUUGGUAUUUGUUGAGACCAAGAAAGGAGCAAAUCAGUUGGAAAACUGGUUAUCCAGAAAAGGAUUCCCCGCAAUAGCAAUACAUGGCGACAAAGUGCAAAUGGAGAGGGAACGAGCUUUGAGGUUGUUUAAGUGUGGUACAACUCCAAUACUGGUGGCAACAGAUGUUGCUUCACGAGGUUUAGAUAUCCCACAUGUUGCCCAUGUCGUCAAUUUUGACUUUCCAAAAAGCAUAGAUGAUUAUGUUCACAGGAUUGGUCGUACUGGACGUGCUGGUAAAACUGGUCUUGCAACUGCUUUCUUCAGUGAAAAGAACCAGCCACAUGCAAAGGCACUAGUGGAUUUAUUGAAGGAAUCAAAGCAGGAGGUUCCUGACUGGCUUAAAAAUUAUGCUGAACAAUCAUCUCCUUAUGGUGGAGACCAGGGCCAAAAGUAUGGUGGCAGUAACUUUGGUGGAUAUGACUUUCGUAGGAGUGAGAAUCAUUAUGGGUCUGGCAGUUAUGGUUAUGGGGAUUCUUCUGUGGGUGCUGGCGCUCCUGCUUUUCGUGAUGAUUCAGGCUCAUAUGUGGCUCGUUCAUUUGGCUAUGGUGCAAAUUAUGGGAAUUCUUAUGUGGAUGAACCUGCUGCUUCAAAAAAUGUUGCUUCUUAUAAUGUGGGUGAAACUGAUGCUGGUUCUUUUGGCCAUGGAGGAACAUAUGGGAACUCUUAUGUGGAUGAGCCUGCUACUUCAAACACUGAUGCUUCUUAUAAUGGGGGUAACACUGAUGCUGCUGGUACCACUGGUCCAUCGAGCUUUGGAAAUUAUGAUGAUAUUGUUGCUGGUGGGUGGGAAUAGAUCUGCAGGAUAGUCAUAUUAACAGUAAAUGAGGAGUGAUAUCUAUAGAUAAUGGUGAAAAAACAGCUUCUGAAGAUCAAGGACUAACUACAAGAUGGGAGAAUUCAACUUAAUAUCCCCUUAGUUUCUUUUAGGAAAAGGUCUGAUACAAGUACUAGAAAGCAUGCUGAGCUAACUUGCCUCUUGACCUUCAUAGUAUCAAGAAGCUUGUUUCAUUAGGUGUUAAGAUGUGAUCCUUUUGUAAUGAACCUAAUCUCUCAGUAUGUAUUUUGUCAGCAUGCUUUUGUUAUGAUCCAUAGCCUCAGGUUAAUAUAUCAAUGAAAAGUUAUCGA